UCGAAGGUGUAAACAUGUAUUAGUAAUCGUAGUUAUAAAAAGUUAUCAAAGUGCUUUUCUUACUUUUAUAUGUUUAUAAGAUAGAUUAGAAUAUUAGCUUUAUAACUUUAACAAUAGUACCUCAAUAACAAUGGAAUAGUUUUUGAGAGUUGCAAGAAACCUUUCAAUGGCUAGUGACAACGAUAAAAGUUCGGGUAAUCAGAAUUCUGAUGGUUCCUUGAAGAGCAAUAAGAAAUUAGACAGUAGCGGAAAUAUAGGUCAAACUGAGGACAAGGGGAUUCAGGGUGUGCAGGCAGUUGGAAAAGGAGGGCGACAUUUAUCUUUACCAAUUGAAUCUUCGGCUACAAAUGGUGAUCUGUCCAAAAAACAGAAUGGUUCAGCGGUGCGCACUAAUAGCUUGGGCUCGGGCGCGCGCACGCCGCCCGCGGAGAGAACCAAAUCAAAAUUCUCCGCAUUCGGUAGACUAUUUAAACCGUGGAAGUGGAAACGGAAAAAGAAAUCAGAAAAAUUUGAAGCAGCUUCUAGAACGUUAGAGAGGAAGAUAUCCGUCCGAGCAAAUAGAGAUGAAUUAGUGCAAAAGGGAAUUCUCCUACCGGAGAGUCCAGUGACGCCUGUCCCUGAAGGCAAUGAGGACGCGCCUGCCGAGUACAACGAGGAGACGCGGAGCGAGCCCGGCGGCGGCGGGGGCGGAGCCGGCGGGGGUAUGGGCGCCAUGCACGCGGCGCUGCAGGCGCAGCUGGCCUCUCAGCUCGCGCAGCAGGCCCAACAGGCGCAACAUGCCGCGCUGGCGGCAGCUGUCGCCGCCGCGGCUGCCGCACACCAUCACCACCAGAACAACAAUGUCAUAGAACCAAAGAAAGACAAAUUGGAAAAUGGUGGUGAACUUGUGAGGCCAGAGCGGCCUAACUCCUUGACGGCGGGCAAGCUGCCGAGACGAAUAUGUUAUCAAGGAGACGUGAGCGGAUACGGAGGUGGAGGUGGGGUUGGGGGUGGAGGCGUGGGCAUGGAGGGUGACAACUCGCAGCUGAUGCUGUCCGACUUACCGGAACCGCCCAUCGCGGUGUCGGAGAUCGGACCCAUCCCGCCGCCGCCUAUGUUCAGCUCGCCCAGCCCCACGCGGCACCAUCAUCACCACCAGCACCAGCACGCGCUCUCGCACCAUCCUCUCUCUGACUCCGAAGAGGAGGACGAUGUGGAGGAGGAGGAGGGGGAGUCGCUGGGCGCGGACACAUCUCGUGUGGAAGAGAUCCCACCCAAGGAGCCGCUGUUUAACGCCGUGCCGCUCAAGUCGGCGCUCAAGAAGCGGCCCGCGCCCGCCGCCUCGCCUCAAGGCACGCCUCAAGCCACGCCGCUAGCGCCGCGGCAAGAUCACCACCACGCAAGCUUCAACAGACGGCCGCCGCCCAAACCGAGGAUCCGCAUAUGCACGCGGCCAGUGCGCGUGGGCAACGCGGCGGAGAACAAGGAGAACGCGCGGCCGUGGGAGGGCGAGUACCGCGACGAGUACUCGAGCGAGUCGGAGCGCGUGGCCGCUAAGCUGGCCCGCAAGGAGAGCCUCAACAUCAAGCUGGCGCUGCGCCCCGACCGCCAGGAGCUCAUCAACAGGAACAUUCUGGUAGUGCAGAGCGAGCACGAGCGGCAGGAGUCGUGGGAGGCGAUCGGUGCCCGGCUCAUACGUCGGCUGUCGAUGCGGCCCACCGCCGAGGAACUCGUAGAAAGGAACAUACUUAAAAGUCAGUCUCCCGCCGAGGAAAAGAAGCAGAAGGAGGAAAAGAAGCGCUACCUGUUGCGCAAGCUCAGCUUCCGGCCCACCGUCGACGAGCUCAAGGAGAAGAAAAUUAUCAGGUUCAGUGACUACAUUGAGGUGACGCAGGCACACGAUUACGACCGUCGCGCUGACAAGCCGUGGACUCGGCUGACUCCGCGCGACAAGGCCGCCAUCCGCCGCGAACUCAACGAGUUCAAGAGUUCUGAGAUGGCUGUGCACGAGGACAGCAAGCACCUCACCAGAUUCCAUAGACCAUGACGGCUGUGCCUUAAACUCGGACUGGACCGCGGUGACAGACCUCGUGGCUGAGCGUGGCGACAGUUGCUGCUGCUCGCCGCUGCCACUCGCCGCCUCGUUGCUAUCGGCUGCCCCGGCUGUCCCGGCUGUCUCGGCUGCCCCGGUCGCCACGACUGCCACCUCCGUCGCCGGCCGCCCUCGCGACUCUCUGCGCCUCGUCUUCGCCGCGGUCGUGGUCGCUCCUGUGAUUUUUUUUAUCGUAUUACGUAUAUUGACUUCUUCCGAGAUUCGGAAGAUUCGUUUGCAAUAACUUAACACAGCGCAUCGGUAAAGUGUUGAAUAUUCUAAAGUUAGGUAAUGUCGCCGUUUCGAAGUUACAUUUUGUUGUAAUCGUGUACCGUGAGUGCAAUUUUGUUUUAAUUUACCUUUAUAUUAUAUUGUAGUUUAAUCGAGUACAAUUUAUUGCGAUUACAUUAAAGUUCAUUAUAAGUCGGCGUAUCCUAAGCGUACCUAUACAUUCUUUGAAUUGACCUUCGUGUAAGGUUAGUGAUAAUGAUUAUUGUGGUCGAGAUUGCGAGUUUUUAAAGCUCCUGAGAUGUAUCGAGUGAAAUUGAAAGUGUGACAAGUUAUCCGGAGUAGGAUUACGUAGAUUUGUGAUUUUUUUCUUACAUUGCUAGCUUUAGCCGCGUAGUCUUUAAGCUAGACUCCAUUGUGUGCUGUUUUGUUUCACAUUUUUUUGAGGUCGGAAUUCGAUUAUUACAUUAAAUACAUUUUUUUUUCAUCAAGUACAUCAUUUAUUUUAUGGCUAAGGAAUUAAACAUAAUUUUUUUGAAUGGUAACGCUUUUUGGAGAUACUACCACUGAUUUUCACUAAUCGAUUCUAGUUCAUUGUAUUGUAGUGUGCUGCGUACUGAGAACAACUUACAAAUCAACAUGUCAUAAUCACCACAUUGAGCUUUUUGAAUAAAUUUUUCUUUCAUGAAAUGUAGUUCAUGUAAUAAUAAGUGUUAUAUUUGAGAAAUACGAAAUUUUAAUCUGAUAAGAAAUAUAAAAAUUAAAUAUAUUAAUAAUUAAGGUGACGAUUACAAAUGUACGAUUUACAAACAUAAAACUACUAUUCUCGUAAAUAUACAAGGUAAUAAAACAUGGCGAAACUGAUAUCAUUUGAUUUAA